AUGGCAGGACAUCUGACAUCAAAGAGUGAUGUCUACAGCUUUGGGGUUGUUUUACUUGAAAUGUUGACUGGCCGACAAUCCAUGGACAAAAGCCGACCAAAUGGAGAGCAUAACUUAGUAGAAUGGGCACGACCAUAUCUUGGAGAUAGGAGAAAGUUCUAUCAACUAAUAGAUCCUCGCCUUAAAGGUCACUUCUCAGUAAAGGGUGCUCAUAAAGCAGCUCAGUUGGCUUCUUGUUGCCUUACCCGUGAUCCAAAAGCCAAACCUCUGAUGAGUACAGUUAUUGAACACCUGAAGCCUUUACCCGAUCGCAAGGACAUGGCCUUUUCCUCAUCCUACUUCCAGGCUAUGCAGGCUGAACGAGCUGGGAUUAUUAACCCAUAUACUAAAAAUGGCACUAAACAGCAGACAAGCUUUGAGCAGCAGAUAAUUGCAGAACUGGGUCUUGAAGUUAAUACUGGUUCGUUUUUCAAAGAGGUUAGAGGUUUGUGGGUUUUGCCUUUUGGUGCAGCAUGGGUUGGUUAG